AAUACGAAUGGUUUUGUGAAGCUGAAACAGUAGCUUGCAAUCUUUUUGCAAUUUGCCUAGAGUUUCCUUCUCAUCUAAAGAUCAAGUAUGGACCCUGAAACUGAGAUACAGAGGGAAGUAAACGCUUACUACUGCAAUAUUUGCAAAAUCCGGUGUGCCUCUGCAUUAAACUUGCGGACUCACUUCCUUGGAUUCAAACACAAAACGGUUGAAGAAGCACUGAAAGCUCAUGGCAUUGUUAAAACAGCAAGUGGCUCAGGGGAGCAAGUGAGAACACCUGUAAAACUUCCUGAUUAUGUGCAAACCGAGUCAGAGAAGUUUCAUGGACAGACCUUGGAAGAACAGCUUAAUACGUGUAAAGAUUCAGAACCUGCACUUGGGCUUAAUUAUAUAAUUGAAUACAGAUCGAAAGACAAUUUCCCUUUUCUCUAUGAAUGUCAGCUGUGCAACUGUAAAACAGGACUGAGUAACAUGUUUAUGCAUGUUUGUGGUUCCAAGCAUAGACUGGCAUACCUGAAACAACAUUAUCCUGAGAUAGCAGAAUCUGAUGAAGUUAAGGGUAAAGGCUCUGAACUGAACAGAAAAGUUAGGCAAGUUGCAUCAACAAUUGAGAAGAAAGAAGGAAGAAAACAAAUAAAGGUUGUUACAGAUGCUCCAAUAAUGAGGAAGAGAUGUCAAGAAUAUGAAAAGAAUGUUCAAGAGGAGCAGGAAAAAAGUCAGAAAGAACAGGCAAAACCAGAUGAGAAGGAUGAAUCUAAAAAGACUAUUGAAAGCAGCAAAGGCAACAAGACUGAAGAAGGCAGCAAAGGCAACAACUCAGAAAAGUGUGACACCAAUAAACAAUCACAGGAAGAAAGCGAGGAAGUUGAGCAAGAAUUUACAACAAAACCUGAAGAAUUCACUAGUCAAGAAGAACUGUUGGGUUAUUUGCAAAAUUUUGAGAUACUGAAUGAAGAUGAUGCUUCAUUUAUCCUAAAAGUUACACAGACUCUUACACGUGCACUGGUGGAAUAUCGUCAGCAGGCUGCAUCAAACAAAGACGUCUUAGAUACCGAAUAUAAUGGAGAAGCAGCACUGGAAUAUUCCACAGAACAAUCUGACCUGACUUCAGCAGAUAUUAGUGACUCUGAUACUGACUAUUCAAGCAGCCGAUCAGCUAAGCAGUCCUUAUCAGUAAAUGAAGACGAUGAAUGCCAAAACUUUUCAACUGGCUCUUCGGAAACAGCAUAUGAGAACAACAUCACUACUGAAUUUUUGAACAGCGUAAGAAAUAUGAAUGUUGAGGAAGUUACUGCUACUCUACACAAAAUAGCAGCAGCAAAUCCAGCUUUUAGAGAUCUGGAUGGAAAUGAGAAUCCUCAUCCUGAUGGUUUCACAUCUUCAUAUCAUGGAAUUCAAGAUGCCAUAAAAAUAAGGCAGGUACGGAACCAUCCUCCUCCGGUGUUGCUGCUCCCUGCAUCUUCUGGGGUUGCGCUCUGUCCUCCUGACUUAGGAACUCGCUGCCCCUUUCGAAGCAGCAAGUCUGGGCAUCGGUGCGCAAAACGACACAGCCUGCCCGGUGGUUUGAUGCCGUAUGGGAAACCUGGAACGCCAACGCUGACUCUGCGUUGCCUCCACCGAAAUCCUUCUCUCUUCCGAGUGUUUUCCACCUCUAGAAACGUACAUCUUGGUAUCUGUUACUCCUAA